UUGAGUGAAGGGAAGCCAUCCCCAACCUCCCAUCCCCAAAUCACUCCCCCUCCCCAAAUCACCCCUCCCUUUGCCUUCCCCUCCCCCUCCCCCUGUUGCCUUCGCGACUGGAUUGGGGAGGUCAGGACUGCACCCUCCCGGGAGGAUGGCCAGCCCGCCACUGAACGGGCUCCUGACCCCGGCGAAUUCCUCCAACGGAGGAGGAGGCGGCGGCAGUGGCGGCACCAACCUGAACAACAACAACAACAACAACAACCACAGCGUGCGGAAGUGCGGCUACCUGAGGAAGCAAAAACACGGGCAUAAACGCUUUUUCGUCCUCCGGGGCCCCGGGGGUGGUGGCGAAGAGCAGGGCGGUGCGGGGCCCGGGGGGCAGCCACCCCUGCCAGCGAGGCUGGAGUACUACGAGAAUGAGAAGAAGUGGAAAAACAAGUCGGGGGCCCCGAAAAGGGUGAUCGCCUUAGACUCCUGCCUCAACAUCAACAAGCGGGCGGACGCCAAGCACAAGUAUCUGAUCGCCCUCUAUACCAAGGACGAGUACUUCGCUGUGGCAGCCGAAAACGAGCAGGAGCAGGAGGGCUGGUACCGGGCGCUCACCGACCUGCUCAAUGAGGGCAAAGCCGCCUAUGAUUCCAGCUCGCUCUACCCGCACUGCCUCUCGUCCGGCGCCUCGUCGGCCGGCGCCUCGUCCUGCAGCGCCUCCCUGCCCGGUUCGGGCGGCAGCGGCUCUUUUGGGGCAGCGGCCGAGGAUCUCCACUAUGGGCUGAUCACCCCGGCCACCGCGGCUUACCGGGAGGUCUGGCAGGUGAACCUGAAGCCCAAAGGGCUGGGACAGAGCAAGAACCUGACCGGGGUAUACCGGCUCUGCCUCUCCGCGCGCACCAUCGGUUUUGUGAAGCUCAACUGCGAGGUGCCGUCGGUCACUCUGCAGCUUAUGAACAUCCGACGCUGCGGCCACUCGGACAGCUUCUUCUUCAUCGAGGUAGGGCGCUCGGCGUCCACGGGCCCUGGCGAGCUUUGGAUGCAGGCAGAUGACUCUGUGGUGGCCCAGAACAUCCACGAAACCAUUCUGGAGGCCAUGAAAGCACUGAAGGAGCUGUUCGAAUUCCGUCCCCGCAGCAAGAGCCAGUCCUCGGGCUCCUCUUCCACUCACCCCAUCAGCGUCCCGGGCACCCGGCGUCACCACCACCAUCAUUUGGUCAACCUGCCCCCCAGCCAGACCGGGCUCCUUCGCCGAUCCCGGACCGACAGCCUGGCUGCCACGCCUCCUGCCGCGGGGGCCCCUAUUGCGACCCAGGCCCCUGGAGCUGGGAAGUGCAGCUCUUGCAGGGUACGCACGGCCAGCGAGGGGGACGGCAGCAGUGGGAGCGCAGGAGGGGUGGGCUGCAGGCCAGUUUCAGUGGCCGGCAGCCCCAUGAGUCCCGGCCCGGUGAGGACUCCCCUGAGCAGGUCCCAUACUCUGAGCAGCAGCUGCAGCGCCUCCAUGCGACCUAAUAAGAUGAUGUUAGCCCCUGCAGGGGGCCCUCUGCAACACAGCCGAUCCAUGUCUAUGCCGGUGUCCCAUUCUCCUCCGUCUGCCACCAGCCCUGGCAGCCUCUCCUCCAGCAGCGGGCAUGGCUCAGCUUCUUACUCCUUGCCUCAAGGACAGCAUCCGCAUCCACACCACCUUCACCUCCACCAGGGCCAGCGGCCCUCUAGUGGCAGUGCUUCUGCUUCUGGCUCCCCCAGUGACCCAGGCUUCAUGUCCUUGGACGAAUAUGGCUCUAGCCCUGGGGACCUGCGGGCCUUCUGCAGUAACCGAAGCAACACUCCUGAGUCCAUAGCUGAGACCCCACCAGCGAGGGAUGGCAGUGGGACUGAACUAUAUGGAUACAUGACCAUGGAGAGACCCCUGAGUCUAUGUGGCCGAACCUAUCGAAGGGUGUCCGGGGAAGGGGCCCCAGACUUGGACAAAGGUCACAGAAAGAGGACUUACUCUCUGACCACACCUGCUCGCCAACGUGCAGUACCCCAAGUGUCCUCUGCCUCCCUUGAUGAAUAUACUCUGAUGCGGGCCAGCUUUGCAGGCAGCUCAAGCCGCCUUUACCCAGCCUCAUCUCCCAAAGUGACCUACAACCCAUACCCAGAGGACUAUGGGGAUAUUGAGAUUGGCUCCCACCGGAGCUCCAGCAGUAACCUUGGAGCAGAUGAUGGCUAUAUGCCCAUGACUCCUGGAGUGGCCCCACUGGCAGGGGGCAGCAUUGGAAGUUGCAAAAGUGACGACUACAUGCCCAUGAGUCCCACCAGUGUCUCUGCUCCCAAACAGAUACUACAGCCACGGAUGGCAGCAGCCUCCCUUGCUGCGGGUGCAGCCUCCCAGGCAGCCUCAUCAGCAAGUGGUAGAGGCUCUCCACUGAAUGGCAGCAGCUGCAAGACCAGUUCUCCAGCUGAAAGCUCUCCUGAGGACAGUGGGUACAUGCGGAUGUGGUGUGGUUCCAAGCUCUCGGUGGAAAGCUCUGAGGGCAAGCUACUUCCCAAUGGGGAUUACCUUAACAUGUCCCCCAGUGAUGCUGGAGCUUCUCUCACCCCACCUGACUUUUUCUAUGACUCAGUCCCCUUGCCUGGUGGUGGAGAGCCACCCAAGGGAGUCCCAGGCUGCUGUUACAGCUCACUGCCCCGGUCCUACAAGACUCCCUGUCCUCGAAACGGGGAUAGUGACCAGUAUGUCUUCAUGAAUUCUCCAGCAGGGAGGAGGAUUGUGGAAGAGGAGCAAGAGCAGCCGAGGCUGCAGCCACUGCCCGCCACGACUACCCCCUGUACCCAGACCACCGGGCCCUUUGCAUCUAACGGGGGCAGCCACUCCCAACCGCACCACCUAGUGCCUUCAGCAGUUAGGCAGAGUGGCAGCAGCAGUGACAACAACAGCCGGCCAGAGAGUUUCCUCAUUCAGCGUUGCAGAGCAGUCCGGCCAACUCGACUGUCCCUGGAGGGGCUUAGAACCCUACCUAGCAUGCAUGAGUACCCACUGCCACCUGAGCCUAAAAGCCCAGGUGAGUACAUCAACAUUGACUUUAGUGAGUCUGGAACCCACCUUUCACCACCUCCACCUCCCCUGCUGACCUCAGCAGCCUCAUCGUCAUCACUACUCUCAGCUAGCAGCCCCGCCUCUUCAAUGGGCUCAGGUACCCCUGGCACCAGUGGUGAUAGCCGGAGGCGCUCCCCUCUCUCUGACUAUAUGAACCUUGGCUUUGGCUCACCCAAGUCACCCAAAUCUGGCACUGAGGGUGGUGGCUCUGUGGGAUCUUUGGAUGCCUUGAUGUCUCCUGAGGCCUCCUCACCCUGCCCACCACUGCCAACACCUCCUGCCUCCUCCUCUACUUCUUCCUCACAGCAGCAGCAACUACCACCUCCACCACCACCAGGAGAGCUAUACCGCCUGCCUCCAGCUUCUUCUACCUGCCACCCAGCCCCUGUUUCUGCCUCCUCUCCCUCUUGUCCCCCGGAGUCAGGGGAUAGUGGUGACUACACCGAGAUGGCCUUCGGCAUAGCUGCCACUCCACCACAGCCCAUUGCAGCACCUCCGAAGCCAGAAAGUGCCCGGGUGACCAGCCCUACAUCUGGUGUGAAGAGGCUGAGUUUGAUGGAGCAGGUGUCUGGUGUAGAGGCCUUCCUGCUAGCCAGCCCACCCCCAGACCCACACCGGGGUGCCAAGGUCAUCCGUGCUGACCCACAGGGUGGCCGCCGACGCCACAGCUCGGAAACCUUUUCCUCGACCACUACUGUGACCCCUGUGUCCCCAUCCUUCGCACACAAUCCUAAGCGCCACAACUCGGCCUCUGUGGAAAACGUCUCUCUCAGGAAAAGCGGCGAAGGGCCCAGUGGCAGUGGUGGUGAAAGUCUUGGAGGAGGUGAAGAAGAGCCAUCUACAUCUCCCCACCUUCAGCAGCCUUCACUCCCUCUGCCACCUCAGCCCCAGCAGCCGAGGUGGACACAAAACCAACCUGGAGCAUUAGUUGGUUGCCCCGGGAGCAGUAGCUCUCCUAUGUGUCGGGAGACAUCAGCAGGCUUCCAGAAUGGCCUCAACUACAUUGCCAUUGAUGUUAGAGAUGAAGCUGGCCUGCUGUUGCAGCAGCAGCAGCAGCAGCAGCAGCAGCAGCAGCAGCAGCAGCAGCAGUCUGGAGAUAAGAAUACCUGGGCCAGGACCCGUGGCCUCAGUGGGCUCAUCAAUGGUGGAAAUGGCAGCAACACAGGUGGUUGUGUGGGACCAGGCUCUGGACCCUUGCCCACAGCCAACACCUAUGCUAGCAUUGACUUUAUGUCCCAUCAUCUGAAGGAGGCUACAGCUGUGAAAGAGUGAAAAAUCUGGCUAGAUCACCAUGACCUCAUAUACCGGAGUAUAACAUUAACAACACAAACUGCUCAGCAUUUGUCAUUUCUUAAUCUGAAGCUGCUUAUGGUUUACUUUUCUUUUUUGAUCUGGGCAGUUACUUCACUUUUGAGAUGAUAAUGGACUACAUUAAGACAAGGAAUCAUCAAAGAAAGGAAAAUGACCUGCCUCAUUUGUUUCCUGUUUUUGGCAUCUAUCAUCAUGCUACUGCUUGAGAAAGUUAAUUGAAGAAGCUAUUCUAUAGAAAUCUCGACCUUUUUAGCAGGCUACCUGAAGUGGUGGCCAAUGCCUUCGUUUUCUUCUCCCCUUCCUCCUCAUUUCUUUUCUCUCCCCUCCCCAUCCUUAUAAAGACAAACUGUAUUUAUCCCUUAGCAUGCUAGGAGAUUCUGUUAACACCCACUAAAGCAGUAAAAUCUGGUAUUUACUGGUAUACUCUCAAAACUACCACAGUCCUACCUCAGUUCAAAGUAAAGCCGGAUUUGUAUUGUUGGGGUACGGCAGGACCUCCUUUCUAUCUCUAUGCUGAAUGUUUCUGAAGAAUGGUCAUCAGCCUUAUUGAACUUAUUCAAGUAUGUAGCAGCUUGCUGGAUCUCAGUUCACUAGCUGUAGGGUUUAUUUAGAGACAGAGAGCCUGAUAUGGAAAUGAACAGUCUCAAUAAAUGAAAACUUUAUGUUGGACUUUGAAGAUGGAUGCAGAAUAGUUAUAAUGUGUAACUAAAGCAACCUAAGUUAAAAAUCAUAAAACUCUAUAGGGGUUGAA